AUGAAGAUAAAGAUAUUCUUUUUGCUUUUCUCUUCGAUUGCGAGUAAAUCGCUGAGCAUUCCAUCAGCUUCCGCAUGGAAAGAAAUUCUUGAAGCCUACGACACUGUCCUCGAAAAGGUCUCUCAAGAAGAAAGUGAUUGCCUCGCCGUCACACCGAAGAAAAUACGAGCCUUCUUCGAAAGAGUCGAGAAUUUUCCUGCAAGAGUGAAAGAUGACUGCGCUGAUGGAAAGGGCGACUUCGUCAAAUUGAAAAACGAAUGUGUUUCUCGAUUUUUUCAGAGAGAACGAUUUUCAUUUCAAAAUGAAGAUGAAGAUAUUCUUUUUGCUUUUCUCUUCGAUUGUGAGUAA